GAAGCGACGGUAUCGACACCGACAACUACAACAGGCGCUUGUCAAAGAAGAAGAAGGUCUAAAUCGUGAUUUCUACGACGUAGAUCAGUUAUUAGCAAUGCGGUGAUUGAAAUCGUGCUGGUGCGAGCUGGGUCGUGCCGAGGCCGGUGAUUUUGUGUUAAAUUGCUUUCGACACACUAAGAUCGUGCUCGGGAUGACAUCAGCCCGUCGCUCUCAACGGGAGGCGGAUGAACUUCUGAACGGGAUUAUUGACAGCUUGAACCGUCUCCGAGUUCGAGAUCCGAACACCGACGAUUUCGUUUGCAAUCCUCCUGAAGAAGAUACUGUAAUGGAGUCCCUAACAAGAGAAGAGCUGCUAAGUGACUCGACUGAUUUGCCGUUUACUGAUGCAGCGGGGGAUAAACCUGAUGAUGAUGCCAAUAAUGCGUCCGUUCAGAGUGACACGCCAGAGCAGACCACACAAGAGAAAGUGGAUGCAAUACGGAGUGUCAUUUUCCAGAGCACCCUGAGAGAUCUUCGAACGCUACCGCUACGCAUACGGGAUCAACUCCGCUGUAAACAAGAAGCUAAAACUACCCAGACAUCGAUAACCAGUUUCUUUCAGGCAACCUGGAGGCUAUCAGAUCUGCAGAAUUGAAUAUCAUUUAUAGUAUUUAACAGGUA